UCGGCGCCCUCGCGAGUCCCGCGUCUCGACACUUGCCACGUUACCCGCUUCGCUGGGAGUCACGGCCGCCCGCGCCUCGCGUCGCCCCAACAGCCUCCUCGCCGCUCGCCCUAAGGCCGAACGCACGCGCUAAGACAUUGCCUUGCCCCCACCCCAGUGUCGUCCGAGAAAGCCGACGGCAUGUGCGGAAUCUUCGCCUACCUAAACUACAAUGUGCCGCGCUCACGGAAGCACAUCCUGGACACCUUGGUUAAGGGACUGCAGAGACUGGAGUACCGUGGAUAUGACUCUGCAGGAGUGGCCGUGGAUGGUGGAAAUGACAAGAACUGGGACAAGAACUCCAAGGUUAUCCACCUCAUAAAGAAACGAGGGAAGGUGAAGGCCCUGCAGGAUGAGAUCUACAAACAAGAUUCCUUGGACUUUGACAUCGAGUUUGAGACCCACGUGGGCAUUGCGCAUACUCGUUGGGCCACUCACGGAGAGCCCAAUGCUGUGAACAGCCACCCUCAGCGGUCAGACAAAAACAAUGAAUUUGUUGUGAUUCACAAUGGAAUCAUCACCAACUACAAGGACUUGAAGAAAUUCUUGGAGAGCAAAGGCUACGAGUUUGAGUCCGAGACGGACACAGAGACCAUCCCAAAGCUUCUCAAGUACAUGUACGACAACCGCGAGAGCGACGAGAUCAGCCUGAGCACCCUGGUGGAGCGCGUCACGCAGCAGCUGGAAGGAGCAUUUGCGUUGGUCUUCAAGAGCGUGCACUUUCCAGGCCAGCUGGUGGGGACAAGACGCGGAGGACCUCUGCUGAUUGGAGUGCAAAGCAAACACAAGCUUUCAACCGACCACAUCCCUGUCCUGUACCGCUGUGCUGACAAGCAAGUAUCAGCAUUGCACCAGCUCACUACCCAGUGGAAAGCAGAUGAAGAUGGAAAGGAAAAGAAGGCUGUAUCAACACUGCCUCGGGUUGAUGGGGACACGUGUCUGUACCCGAUUGGGGAAGAGACUGGUGUGGAAUAUUAUUUUGCAUCGGAUGCAAGCGCGAUCAUCGAGCACACGAACCGCGUGAUCUUCCUGGAGGACGACGACGUGGCGGCGAUUGUGGACGGUCGUCUCUCCAUCCACCGCAUCAAGCGCACUGCUGGGGAUGACCCGGCGCGUGCCAUCCAGACCCUGCAGAUGGAACUGCAGCAGAUCAUGAAGGGGAGCUACAGCUCUUUCAUGCAGAAAGAGAUUUUUGAACAGCCCGAGUCCGUGGUGAACACCAUGCGUGGCCGUGUCAACUUCGACGACUUCACAGGUACAGUGUUGCUGGGAGGCCUGAAGGAUCAUAUCAGAGAGAUCAGACGGUGCAGGCGCCUCAUUGUCAUCGGCUGUGGCACCAGCUACCACGCAGGCGUUGCGACUCGCCAAAUCCUGGAGGAGCUGACGGAGUUGCCGGUGAUGGUGGAGCUGUCCAGUGACUUCCUUGACCGCAACACGCCCGUCUUCAGGGAUGAUGUCUGCUUCUUCAUCAGCCAGUCGGGGGAGACCGCGGACACGCUCAUGGCCCUGCAUUACUGCAAGGAGCGUGGGGCGUUGACGGUGGGCGUCACCAACACGGUGGGCAGCUCGAUCUCGCGCGAGACCGACUGCGGCAUCCACAUCAACGCCGGGCCAGAAGUUGGCGUGGCCAGCACCAAGGCAUACACGAGCCAGUUCGUGGCGCUUGUGAUGUUCAGCCUGAUGAUGUGUGACGACCGCCUGUCCAUGCAGAAGCGCAGGCAAGAGAUCAUCAGUGCUCUCCGCACUCUGCCAGACCUGAUUAAAGAGGUGCUUGCGCUCGAUGAUCAGAUCAAUUCGCUGGCUCAUGAGCUUUACCAGCAAAGAUCCCUGCUGGUGAUGGGACGUGGCUUCAACUAUGCCACCUGCAUGGAGGGUGCUCUGAAAAUCAAGGAGAUCACGUACAUGCAUUCGGAGGGCAUCCUCGCCGGGGAGCUGAAGCAUGGGCCCCUCGCACUGGUGGACAAGCUCAUGCCUGUCAUCAUGAUCAUCAUGAAAGACCCCACGCACACCAAGUGUCAGAACGCACUUCAGCAAGUGGUGGCCAGAAAGGGGCGGCCUAUCCUGAUCUGCGAGAAAAACGACGAUGAGUCGAAGCUGCUCGCGUACCGCACCAUCGAACUGCCGCACACGGUGGACUGUCUGCAGGGCGUCCUUACCGUCAUCCCCCUGCAGCUCCUGUCUUUCCAUCUGGCUGUCCUGCGUGGCUUUGACGUGGAUUUCCCACGCAACUUGGCAAAGUCCGUCACAGUCGAGUGAAUCCGCUCUCAAAGUUCCCCGGUGAAGCAAGAGAAAUGUUUUUCAUUCGACACUGUCCUUUAGUUUUGUGCUUCUGUGCAUAAUAUAUUUGCAUUCCUUAUUUACCGGUGUUGCUUGAAGCAAUUGUUUCUUCAACUGUCAAGUUAAAGUGUAACGGAUGUUUAUUUUAUAACUCUAGUUCUGUAAGCUCUUACAUGAUGCGACCAAUAAAUAACACUGAACAAGAAUGAAGUGGAAAUCGGCUAAUGUGUUAGUUAAGAAUAUAAUUCAAUUCAAUGCCGUUAACCCGGUGAGAGCCCAAUUAAAUUCAUGCAUUAUCUAUAACUACAUUUAGGCGGAGCCUUUACAUAUUAGUUUAAUGACGUGUAAUUUACUUAGUGUCUUGGCAUGCUCUAAAUUGUAGAGACUGGUUUACCAUUGUUCAGCUGUUGUAUUUUGGCUUUCUGCUGGUAUCGCACGUCUUGUUUACAGGACAAUAAGUAUCGUUGAAGGGAACAUGAAUGAAAGAAUAACUUGAAUAAUGUGGUAUUGUUAUUCUAAUUAGCCAGGGUGGUAAUAUCUCCAGAAUGGAAAAACUCUUAUGUCUUGAAGGGAUGGUGGCCGAUGGAUGAGACUAACGAAGGAUUGACAGCCAAAGGAGGGAACGUGCCCCGGGGGAGCAAGUCCUCCGAGGAGGUGGAGUGAUGGUGUCCGCUCACGUGCAAGUGUGUUAGGUGAAUUAUUACGUUGCAGGAUUGAGAGACGCUGAUGGCAAUGGCUUUCAGAGGCCUUCAUCCUGCAGUGGAUUGAUCAUGGCUGAUGAUGUCUUAUUAUAUAAAACAAAAAAUAUGUGCUAUUCGAUAUGCAUCGACAAUAUGGAGGUUGUGCAACGUGUGAAGUCGCAUCAAUUAUGACACGUGUUGUUGCUUAUAUUUUUUGAAAUGCAGAUGUAAUGUGAAUACUGAAUGCAGAUACUGUGGUUGUCAGCAAGUGUGAGAGAUUGUAAUUCACAGCAAAUAGUUUGAUCUUGGCGAUGUGCUGUGUUAGGCCAAUUUGCUUCUAAAUCACGAGCUUUAUGCAUGAACAUCCAUUUGUAUUUAAAUUAUUAGUAUUAUGCUAAAUAGUGGACACAAAUGAUCAGUUAUGUUUCCGUGCUUAAAACAAUACAAUUUGCUCACAAAUGCAUCGGUCGUUAAGGAAUACAUGCAAAAGUAUGUUUACCAUAUUUAUGCAUUGUACAUUUGACAUGUUUGUGUCGGCUCUCUUAUGUAACCUUAUGUAUAAAAAAAGUUGAAUUAUUCAAUCUGUCUUCAUAAAAGUAGAAUGAAGCUAAACUUUUAUAAAGAGAUUAGACUUUUAACGUUUUUUUGUUCAUCCUAUCCCAUUGGGACUGAUAUAACUUGGCACUUGUGUCACGUGGCAGCAUUGACAGGCAUUUCGUAUUUCCAUUCCACAUGCGAUGGGUUUAAUAGUCAGGGUUGGCUUUGAAAGCACUUGUUCAUUGGUAGAGAGACCUGUUUUUGUUGCAACAUUGUUAAUUUGCUAUUCUUUUUAAAGAAGUCUAUUGUACUCCCUGUUUUACAUGAAUAGCAUGUAUGCCCCAACAAUGUCAAUUCGGGGUGUAAAGAGCCAUCCAGUCAUUGAUUUAUUUAUAGAUAAUUAAGAUAUUAUUGAUAAGUGCAUGAGAUUGAAUGUGUAAGAAUCGAUGUUUCCAUUUGUGCAGAUAUGCAAUUAUGAUGUGAGCAAAACUGUACAAACGAGAAAUAAAGAAAAAAACAUUAACUAAGUAAAGGAGAUUGUAAAAUUGGGACGAUACAUCCUCAAUUAUCGAAUGGAAUUACUGCCCCGAUUUGCGUUGAUUUAUAAAAGUCUCCUGCAGGCACGAAUCAUUGUACCCCCUCUGUCAGUGGUGCGCAGUCAAUGCUCUCUACUUGCACUUGUCUUCUUGAGCUCUUUAUCUUUAGCCAAUUGGAGCGUUCUCUUGUUAUUCAAAUUGUACGCCACCGAGCACAAUGGCUGGGCCCAUGCCAGGAACUGUGCGAGUGGACAGCCCCUACUGCCCAGCGGGGUAGAGUGGGUGGGGGAAAGCAGGGGCUUAACAGCUGUUUCACACCCACCCUGGGUACUAAUGCCAUUUUUUUUUGCAAUGGGAACAGGAGUCAACAAUUCCAUUCAAUUUAGUUUGCGUUUACACAACAUCGCGUUUGAAAAAUAAGGCUUUGUGUUUGCCCCCCCCCCUCCCCAAAAGAAAAUAAACCCCAACAUGUCUGGCUCAUAAUUUCCAAUUACAUGGGGAAUAUGAAGCGAGAGUCAAACAGUUAAAUUGAAAAACUAAUGCGCAUUGACAUUUGUGAGAAAAAAGUUAAUCCCAAAAGCGUUUGAAGGAAAGUGUAGCAGAGGCCGUACAUAGUAGCAUGUAUGGUGCGAAAGAAGUUCAACACGUAAGUUACAGUAGAACUGAUGCAAUGAGCGGCACACCUCUAUUCAUGGACCUCAGCAGGCAAAGUGGUAUGCAAUUUCAGCCUUUCCGAGUACACUGUUGGCGGCAUUUGGCAUAGUGUGCACUUCACAAGAGCAUCGAUAAUGUUCAGGGUAACUUUUAUGUGUGCUGGGGAGAUUUUGAAGUUGGAAUUACACGCAGUCCAAGCACCUGUUAAUUGCGUGGAAUGUAAAUUGAUAGUUCGUUGCAGCAAAAGUACCGUUAUCCGGUAUCCAUGGGGAAUGAAGUAUGUUGGUUUCAUCGAAUACGCCAGUUAUCCGAGAGGUUACUUAUGAAAAAUACGUGCAGGUUUUAGCCUUUCUGGCAACAAAGCAGGUGUUAAGAUGUUCAAACACCAAAUAAAAACCUUUUUGCAAGGAAUAAAGUUCCUGCAUUAACCACACUUGCUUGUGGUGAACAUGCAAACAAACACGUGGCUCUGAUAAUAAACUAGCAUUGCCUUUGAUUGUCCUACACCAGAGACAGCGGCAGUCUUCUUCAUGGCCUCAUCUCGUGAGUGUCGGACCAAACGGCGUACAGUACAAAGACAAUGCACGUAUCAGAGCAUUUAUAGCUUGGGGUGAGCAGCUAUAUAAUGGGACCUUUUUUUUUAUACUGGCAGUUAAACCGAUGUUUCAGAAAAUUUUCCAAGUACAUUUAAAGACACAAACUAAGCCAAAAUGUAUCGUACAUGAAAUAAUAUACACUUUUUAUGGAGGCGCUCACGGGUCGUUUGUGGAGCAUUCUAAGUUGAUCAUAGAGAAGCAGUGGGGAAGUUUAGAGUACGGUAUAUGGGUAGGACAGUGCUGUAUGUACAGACUAUGUACAGACUUGCCCUUGCACUGCCAGUUGGCAGCUUCCUGAAGCUCCCGUAAACGACAGCUCUCUGUGAUAAGCGCACGGCAAGAUGCCGGAUGGCUGUCGGAUUUUUUUCCAGAUUAGUGAAGGAAGAUUUGUAUUGCCGUCAUAUGACAAAUGCCGGUUAAUCGAGCAUUCCGGAUGGUGAAGUGCCGGAUAACAGGGUUUUUGCUGUAUUCUGUGGUGGUGGUGGUGGAGGGGAUUGGGAAUGGUUAUGGGACCAAACAGUACCUUGUAGAGUAUACUCAACUUUAUUUGUUGUGCAAUAAGUCUUUUGAUUUUAAAUUGUUAUAAUACUGGUGUCUGUUAUGUUUUGUGGUUAUACAGUAGGUGUAGCUGGUUUUUUUUCCCCUACUAUUACACAAGUUCAUUACCAAUGUAUCAAGUGUGAUGACGAUUUUGUGGUGUGAUUUGAAAAGGUUACUGAAACUUACAGCUGAAAGCAUCAUCUGCUGCCAAGUCCAAUUUGGGUAAUGCUUUGCAGGUAGUGAUAUGCCCCCUUUCCUUGGUUUUUUUGAGUUUCGAGGCAUCGCCUGUUGAAUGUGACACGGGGGGGAACCCCGUGGAGGUGACACGAUUUCAACUUAAAUCAUUGGCCUCGAGUCACGGCAAAUGGGGAGGUGGCUAUUGUUGCCCAUUAGUGUGACUGGACCAUUGCAUACAUGCAUGCAAGUGUGUCACUAAGCGUCAUCGCUUCGAGUGUAAUGUGUAGUACGCGGUCGGUCCCACCGUAACGUAAUUAGAGCGCGGAACAGCAGAUCCUGAUCGAUAGUUUGACGUGAGCAUCAUCUUGGGCUUUUGUCGUGCAUAAAUGUCCUCGCACGAGCAGGUUGUUACGAUGGUCAUACAAACGCUCAUUGUAUCGAAUGAAAUGUCUUUAUGUGGUCUGCGUUGGUCGUGUAAUUCCGUUGCCGUGGAAUGUUCCACGUUGGGACUGCCUAUUUUAUUUCGGAUUUAUUUCGCGCGCCCUUAGCCAGGGCGCUAUUUGAAUUUGAGUUGGCAAUUUUAAGGCAGUUUUUUUUAAAACAAUGGCUUAACUGUGUCAAACAUGUAUUUAUAGAUUUUGUUCAACAACAACAUAGAUACAUGUGUGUUGGUUAUGCUCCAGUUUUUUUACUUUGAUUUUUCUUGCUGCAUGCACAGUAUAUAGUGUAUACAGUAUAUAGUGUAUACAGUAUAUAGUGUAUUCAGUAUAUAGUGUAUACAGUGUAUAUACAGUGCAUUGCAUGGUUUUUCGCUUUUGUUCCCCUUCGUCGCGUGGGACGUGUUUAACAAUCAUCAGAUGCGUGCAGUGUGGAACAAGUACAUUUGUAUUUGAAUGGGGUGUAAAGUGGUAAACGAGGAAGGACGUGGUGGGUUGUGAAGACUGGAGUUUGGGAACCCCUGAAUAAGAGCAUCUGUAAAGAUUACCCAAAUUACACUGGCUUCAGCAGCAAGGGCAAAGCUGGAUUGUGUUCUGCGGAGCUCUGCAAUAGAGCUGUGCAUGUACAGGGUACGUGGCUGUAAUUGGAGGAAGGCUUCUUCCUGGAAGGUUACAAGAGACGGAUUUGUGGUGAAAGCUUUUUAACGAAGAACACCCUAUUAUAUUGCUGUUUAUGAUUUGUUUCUAAUAAAAUAUAGGACACUCUUACAUGCUUUGAUUUAUUUACCAUAUUCAUAAUUAUGCAAACAUGCAAUCCAUUUAGCUUGUGUGGUCACAGCAAACCAAUUUGCAUAAUUUAUCCACUUAAGUACUAUAAAUAUGCACAUGGUAGAAAUAUUAAUGCUCUUCAUUAAUUGCACUUCAAAACGUUAAUGCAUUUUUAUUUAAGAGUCAUUACCCUUAAGGUUUUAAUGUGUACCCAUUUUUCAGAACUUUCAUGGCAGAACUCUUUUUUUUUGGGGGGGUGGGGGGGGGCUUAACAUUGGUCCGUGAGUGGAUCUCGUAUCAAGCGGGAUAAAUAUCUGGCGAGUGUGCCGCACGAAGCCGGGGCGGACGUCAAGGUUCGGAUUGGCCCCGUAAACAGCAGUGACAGAAUGUCGCUCCUUAUUUCGCGAGGAUCACUUCGCGGGUGGGCGGCAGCGAACUCCGCUUGUAAUUAGGUGGCCGUGUCCUGCGGCACACGCUGGUCCGCGCCGCUGACGUCCUCGCUGGUCAUUGUCCAACCGUGUUCACAUCAAGCCGCGAGGUUUUGUCAAAAAUGUUUUAUUGGGAUGUCGAGCAGAGCAUCCGAGAGACUUUUUGAUUUGCCCCCCCCCCCCCCCCGCUUUUUCUUAAAGAGCGGCACUGCUGCCACGCAUGAUGGCUCUCUUCAAAUCUAUAUGAUGGGAGGCCGAGGCAAGUUGCCUCAUUCAGAAAUGUUUGCCUGGCUCCGACGAAUAGGCACGAAAAACUCCUUAUUUUGCUGUCAUUAACACGCACAAUUUUUGUCGUUCAGAAACACAAGCAAGUUAGGAUUGAAUUUUUUAUUAUUUUAAUUCACAUAUAUAGUUACACUUUUUUUUUAUUGAACAGUAUACAUCAAUUUAGACUUAACUUUCGUCACUGCAGGAAUUCAUAUUCUUGGUUCUAAGUCACUACAAUGUGCAUUUUCUACUUUUCACAUUGACAUGAAUGCCAUUGCUACUCAUGUGCAGUGUUGAGUGCUCGUUACAAUCGCCCGACUCUUCCAUAUUGUGCCUCCCUCACCCUUUUAAAAUUAGCCCCAGGUUUGUGAUUCUGAGUGAGGUAUGAUCGCGUUGCACGUAAAUACAAAUCCUGUGACUUUUCUCUCGCUCUUCCUCUUCUGCUACCUGAUCAUCGGCGGCUGCCUGUGUCCAGAUAAAAAAAAACACACCAACUGCGUGAGAAAUCCUGCGCUGGAAGAGCAGGAUUUAUUUAUCACGUGUCUGCCCUCAAGGCUCAAACCCAAGAUCACAGAGGUGCUGGCUCUGUUUCCUGACGUUGCUGCAUUAACCCGAGCAACACGAUGACCCUCCUGUCGACAUGAAAACAACACUGGUUUUAAAACGGAAAUGCAAGAGUAAAUUGACUAAAUCGCACCGUUUGGAGAUUUAAUGAUGAUCAAAAUUAAAAUUAAUGACACGUUCAGAUGUCUCGCGUGUGAAUGUUAACUUCACAAAUUACAACCUGGUCUCAUUAUGGCAAUUUGGUCGGCCUUUUUUUUUAUCUUGUAACAAAAGCAACAAGACUGAGAAUCACUCCUAAUUUCUUAAUGUGAAAUUUUACUUUUUAAAAAAAUAAUGUGUCCGUAUCCGAUAAUUGCUAGUCGUUAAUAUUUACAUUUUGGGGAAAAGUUGACUUUUUAAUGUAGAGUAAAUUUUUUUUACGUAAAAAUGUGGUUAUGACUAAUAUAUAACGAUUUAAUUUAUAGUGGGAGUGCGGGAUAGCUUUAUGUAUGACAAAAAUUAAACAAAUACGUUGUCAGUAGUUCAAUUGCCACUUUUCAUAGAGGGGAUAAAAGCACCUUGCAACAAUGCCGUUUGAUCGUAUGUAUGUUUGUGAUCAGUUUCAGCUUAUUAUGAAAUCUGCAACCAGCAUGCGUAUUCCAUGCUGUAACGAAUAAUGAUCAUUAUUGGUUUAACAUUUUUGGAUGUAAAUUGCUGCAAUUAAAUAAAUGUACAACACUGA